AUGCCUGCCUCAUUCCUUUGGUGGCGCUACAUGCUUUUCCUGUCAUGCUUAUUCUAUACCCAGGGGUAUUCCCGUGCUGUGUUCGCCCAUUUCAUGGUCUUAAAUACGGCCGGAUAUUCAGUCUCGAACUGGGAAAAUGAGAUCCAGCUCGCGCAGGAUGCCCAUAUCGACGCAUUCGCUUUGAAUAUCGCAAACGGAGAAGACACCACCUCCAGUUCCAUGCCGAAUGCCUUUAUAGCCGCCGAAAAUCUCAAAUUCUCUCUUUUCUUCUCUUUCGACUAUGCAGGCAAUGGAGCAUGGGAUAAAGGCGACGUGCUGAGUCUCUUGAACAAAUACGCUUCCAGUGGCGCCUAUUACCUCCACGGGAAAACUCCACUGGUCUCGACAUUUGAAGGACCUGGCAAUUAUCCCAUGAGAGGGUUAUAUAUCGCAGGUCCCAAUCGUCGCCCGACCCGGGGAUCUUACUAG